AACGAACAACCAGACGAACGAUUCGUGUCCAAACGAAAUCGUCUGAAUUCAGAAGUCUCUAUCUCGAAUGAUAAUUUUCGUCCAUCCUUACGUUUUACGUUAUUCGCCCGAAAAGAUCUGUCAAAACUGUUUUGUUUACUUUGUGUGUAUAAAAGUUCAAAAAUACAAUAUUUUAAUAGAAUUAUUUAAAAAUGUAUCAAGCAAUAGCAUUUCUUGCAAGUGAACGUUCGAACGAAGACGAGACAGUACAAAUGUAAUGUAUUGGAAUUGCCAGACGCCGAGUUUGUUAAAAACUUUCGAGUCAGCAAAGAAGUAUUUGGACACAUUUUUAGCGAAGUGGGCAUCCAUAUGAAAGACACCUACCGUAAUACUCACUUGCCAUCACAACUGAAACUGUCCACAUUUCUACGCUUUCUUGCAACUGGAAGCUAUCAAAAGUCGGUGGGUAACGAAAGUCUCUCAGUAAUGGGUCAGUCGACAGUUGCAAAAGUAAUAGCGGAAUGCUUGAACAUUUUUGAGGAGCAUUUUUGCCACAAAUGGGUAAGCAUGUGCAGGACCGAGGAAAAAGAAAACGACGUGAAAGAGCAAUUCUUCAACAAAUGUGGAAUACCUGGCAUAGUUGGCUGUGUGGACGGGACCCACGUGCGUAUAAAAGCACCCAAUGCAAAUUGCAGACAUCUUUACUACAAUAGAAAGGGGUUUUAUAGCAUCAAUGUAAUGGCAAUAUGUGAUCACGAUAUGGUAAUUACAUUUGUUGACGCAAGACAUCCUGGCGCUAACCAUGACUCCUUCAUUUGGAAAACUAGUGCUGCAGAGGAACAACUUCGAUUGGCUUUCAAUAAUGGGAAGUCAAAUACCUGGAUACUAGGCGAUUCCGGAUAUCCCCUGCAGCCCUUUUUGAUGACGCCGUAUAGAAAUCCAUCAGAUGUGGUACAAAGACGAUACAAUGAUAAACACUGUAAGGCUCGAAACAUCAUUGAGCGCUGCUUUGGAGUUUUGAAGAAUAGAUUCCGAAGUAUAAUUGGCUCAAGAGGGCUUCAUUAUUCCGCAGAGAAGACAACGCAAAUUGUGAAUGCAUGUUGUGCAAUUCACAACAUCUGUAUAUUUUACAAAAAUUAUUUGUCCCUCACCCCAAUCGAAGCUGAAGACGCUAUUGAGCCAAAUGAUGAAGACCUCGUACUUGAGGAUCUUUCUACAGUAGCAGCUAAUAUAAGAACACAAAUAGCAAACAAUUUAUAAUAAAAUUUCUCCAAAUACACUUUUAUUCACAGAAUUCAUAACAUUUUAUG